AUGGAUCGUUGGAAUAAUCACAACAACUUCCUCGAAGACUCCGGGAGGAUGCGAACAGCUACGUCUCAUAACAAACGCCAAUAUUUAGAAAACUAUAAUACCUAUAUUGCCCCGAGACUCCAUACACUCGAAGGCAACUUUCAAAUCUGGGCAAAUAUCCUAGCAGCGAUUCAUCUCCCCGGAACAAACGGCACCCAACACGCAGACAUCAACCUAAAUCUCAACCCACAACAUCCCGAAUACGACACCACGUAUAGAAUCACAGACACGCGCGUAUCUGUCCUCGCCGCCGGUUGUGUAUGGCACUACCUCGAGCCCGUGAAUAAUCCCGCCGCCAGAGCAAUACUGCUCUUCCGAGGGACCGCAACUCAUCCAGCCGAAUACCGUGAUCGAAAAGGCCGUCUGAAUGUUGAACCAGCUGGCGCCUGGGCUGAUGGAAACUUUAAAAGCGUCGCAUCGUUUAGCUACAGGGUGAUCAAAGACAGAGUCUUCAAUUGGAUGAACGAACAGACUGCCAAAGGAAGGGAUAUCACUGCGGUAGGAUACAGUCUUGGAGGAUGUUUAGCUAUGCGGGCACUUAAACAUUACGCUGAAGAGAAACGACCUCGAUGGGAAAACUCCGAGUUAUAUGCCUUCAGCGCUCCUGGUCUAGACACAAAGGUUGCAGCAGAGUUCACAAACCUAUUUCAGGAUCGUUACACCCAGCUACAUACAUAUUGGCACGUCGACGACCUGGUACCAGUCACCGGGCAUUACCCUAUAACAACACCAAAAGCAUACAGUCGCAUUGGUCCAGAUGGUGCCGUUCUUCCCAGAAUUGGCGUUUUGCAUACACAUCUACUUCUUUUUAUAUCCGUCCAAGAAGGUUGGAAUGUGGCUCUCGCGUAUCCUGUGGCAGAAACUCCUCAGGAACCGAAUGCUCCGAAUAUAAAGCGCAAAAUCAUAGGUUUCAUGAGACGGCUUCCAUGGGGAUUUUUCGGAACAAGUCUAUUGUCUCCUGUUGGAGGGGCUAUAGUACUCAUGAGAAAGUAUUUUACACGCCGUAAUGUAGAUGAUUGGUGUGGCCAUGCACAUUAA